GAGGUCCCUCCCUCUGCACAGCCGGGGCCAGAGGCAGAGACGCCAUGACCCCUACCCUCACGGCCCUGCUCCUCCUCGGUCUGAGUGUGGAACCCAGGACCCAAGUGCAGGCAGGGACCCUCCCCAAACCCUCCAUCUGGGCUGAGCCAGGCUCUGUGGUCCCUUGGGGUAGCGCUGUGACCAUUUGGUGUCAGGGGACCCUGGAGGCUGCGGAGUUCUAUCUGGAUAAAGAUGGACACUCAGUGCCCUGGGACAGACAACCCGCAGUGGAGCCCAGGGACAAGGCCAAGUUCUCCAUCAUAUACAUGACAGAGCAGUAUGCAGGCCAAUAUCACUGUUACUAUCGGAGCCCCACUGGCUUGUCAGAGCGCAGUGACCCCCUGGAGCUGGUGGUGACAGGAUUCCAUGGCAAACCCACUCUCUCAGCCCUGCCCAACCCCAUGGUGAGCUCAGGAGGGAAGGUGACCCUCCAGUGCGCCUCAUGGGUGGGAUUCCAUAGGUUCGUCCUGAUGAAGGAAGGAGAACCCAGACCCACCUGGACCCUGGACUCCCAGCGACGCACCAGUGGGCAGUUCCAGGCCCUGUUUCCUGUGGGCCCUGUGACCCCCAGGCUCAGGUGGACCUUCAGAUGCUAUGGCUAUUUCAGAAACACCCCCCACAUGUGGUCACUCUCCAGUGAUCCCCUGGAGCUCCUGGUCUCAGGAACCUCUGGAGGCCCCAGCCCCCCACCCACAGAUCCCAGCUCAACAGCUGGAGCAGCUGACACCAUCAGUCCAUCACAAAACAAGUCAGACCACAACACUGGAGCACUACAGUCAGAGAGGAAUCCAAGAUGCAUCCAGGAGGUAAACUCAAGAGAGAACAAUGCAACGAUCAGAAUGACAGAGUCUGGGAAGCACAUCUUAUGUGCCCAGGAAUUUCUGGAAGAGUAUGUGAGGCAUGUGCUGUGGGAACUGUCAACAUUCCAUGUUGCCCAGACCAGUCCUCAUCCUCUGUGACAUCAUCUCCAACCUCCAAGGACUUAUUCCACAUACCACACAACAUAGUGGUCAAGUAUAUAUCUUUUGUCAUUAUUUAUUUGACACCCAUAACAUUCCCAGGACUAGUAAUGAUCAGAGGACAGGAUCCAUGUGAAUUUAGCACAUACUUUAGUAUUCAUGCGUGGUGCAUUGUGUGAAAUCUAGUUAACUUUCGUAUAGAUUCCUGGCAGGAUGGAUGGAUUCAGGAUUGAUUAUAAAUGGAAAGACAGACAGAAAAGUUUACCUCUACACAAACAUACACAGCAAUCUGCAAUAAAUUAACUCAGCAUCCUCCC